CAAAUUCAACAUUGUUGGAAGAAAAAAACUAAAAUUAGACACUAACGUCAUCUCUGCUCUAUCGCUGGCAUUACGAGCUUUCGAUCAAUACGGAAAGGAGAAAGAGAAUCAAAACAUUCCUGUCAAAAUCAAUGAUGGGUGUGUGACGGACGCCGACUCGCGGGUGGAAAUUUCUUUUUUAUGUUAUUUUAACUUUUAUUUCCUUUCUAAUUUUCCUUUUUGUUUAUGAUUUUAUUUGCUAAUUUCGUACAAUCGUAUGUUUAUUCAUUUCGUUGCUUCAUUUUUGUUUCGUAAGAAACGCGUUGGGACAAUAUGAAAGCAAGUAAUGGCAGAGACUGGUCUGAUAAAAUCAGUGAUCUUGACGGUUAUUUUGACGUCGUCGUCAGGCCAAUGUUGCAACAAGGCCAUGAAGGAGAAUUGUGCGGAUGGCUGAAAGAAAUGAGCCUCAUUAAAACGAGCUGUGUUUGCACUAGCGAACAAUGUGAGGGGCGCAAUCUAGUCUGGAGCCCGGCUCGAGUCGUUGACAAGUACAACUGGGCUUGUCUGCAUUGUUCUAAAAAACAAACCAUAAGGGACAAUUCGUUUUUUCUCUCAAUCAAGUGCGAAUUCAAAACUUGCCUUCAAAUAAUACUGGCAUGGUGCAAGAUGUUUCCUUCCGAUAUUGCAGCUUCUUGUUUGGAUGUGAAAGAACACGUGGUGAAAAAAGUGUAUGAAAGAUGUGCAAAAAUAGCGGACGACUAUGUGAAUUCUCAUCUGGAAGAAUUCAAGCUGGGUGGACCAGAUUCAGUCUUAAUAGUGGAUGAAUAUCCUGGUGGCUAUAUGACUGAGAACGUGCCUGAGAUUUCAGUGUCGAGAAAACGAAAUAACAAUAGCCACACAAUUUUGUGUAUUGCCGAAGCGAAUGCACUUCCACCACGAAUGUGGUUGCAUAUGAUUCGUGCCGUCCCAGCAACUGCGAACAAAACUCAAGGAAAUAUCAUAAGAUGUGGAAUGGUAGAGGAGGCCUUGAAAGAAAUCGUUCGUCAUGUUUUACCUGGCAGUGUUCUUGUGGCCAAUCAUAGAUCACGUUGUUGUAGUUAUGAAUCCAUUAAGGAGCUCAAACAAUUCGCCGUCAUAAGUGUCGAGUACCUAAAAAAUUUCGACGUCCCAGGCAAAAAUAAACUUGUCAACAAUCUUGAAACAAUUUGGCAAACGGCAGUGGAUGUUUGUGAAGAAGUUCAAGAAUCGACAAAUUCUUUAGGCCGACAAAUAAUAUCAACACAUCUUUGGCGCCAGAGAUUCAACACGUUGGCUCCCAACGCUUUCGAAUGUAUGCUCAAUCAAAUUGCGGAAGCUUACAAAUUUACGUGAUGCUGGAAGGAUUAAGAAACAAUCGCAGAUUCUGGCGCUCAGAAAAUGUCUUCCUCAGAUCGACGAUAAAGAUGAUAUUUUACGAAAAGGCGAGAAAAUAAGAAAUCACCACAGUGCCUCGAAUCGAUCGAGAUCCGAAAUAUUUUCUACUCAUUUGCAUACAUACAUAUAUAGUUUAUUUGAGGCAAUUUAUUCGUUCGCAAUUCGAACACCGUUUCUUGUUGGCAAGUUCAAUUUUUUAAAUGGCAAAAGGCGUUGUGUUUCUCGAACCAAGCAAUAAGAUAUGCCAAGUGCAAUCAGUCAUUUUCGCCUUUAAAUAAAGAUGCACAACUUUGAAUGUUACUUCAAAUUUUAUUGAUCGAUCAAAGGUCCAGAUGCACUAUUUUAUGCUUUGGUUCAAGCUUCAAUUGAUCGCAAAUCUCCAGGACACGUUCCUUUACCAAAUGGAUAUUAAGAAGAAAAAAGUGCACAAUGCGUAUCAAGUUAUGUUUGAUUUAGGUUUAAUGUUUUUAUCAUCGUGUGAAGAAUAUUGAUGUUAUUUCAAAUAUAUUGAAUUAUUUGGUAAAUUUUUUUGAACGUCUGAAAUGAAAAGGCAUUUGCUAAUUUUGUUUUAUUUGCAAAUAAUUCAGUCGUUUUUCGCAAUCGUAUGCGCUUUUCCACAAAGCAAAUAAUACUAUUUUGGGCUUUGUUUUAUCUGAAAUUCGGGCGAGCGCUCCUCCCAAAUAUUUUUAUAUCGAUAUGGACAGUUUUAAUAAAAAAAAACCGCGUUUCGUCGUUAA